AUGGCUCCCACAAGCCCACCACCACCAACCUGGGCAACCCUCGGCCGCGCAACCGCCCUCACCCUCACACCCCACCUCCUCCCCCGAGACCACUCAGUCAUCUCCAAACGCGCCCUCGCCGUAACCGACGCCCAAAAAGUCACCCUCGGCGUCAUCGCCGCCUACGUAGUCGGCAUCGCCAUCCUCUGGAACGUGCCCUACAUCCGGUGGAUCCUCUGGCCCUUCAAGAUGCUCGUCAUCGCCUUUCACGAGUUCGGGCACGCAAUCACUUGUGUGCUCACCGGCGGGAAGGUCAAGUCCAUAUCCCUUGACCCCAGAGAGGGGGGGGUGACGCACAUGCAGGGUGGGAGGUCAGGAUUAACUCUACCGGCCGGGUACCUCGGGAGUUCGCUCAUCGGGGCGUUGCUCACGUUUGCGGGGUUUAACAUCAAUGCGAGCAAGGUUGCGAGCAUUGUUAUCGGGGUGGCGUUUUUGAUGACGGUUUGGUGGGGGAGGAGGGAUUGGCUCACGGUCGGGACGGUGGCGGCGGCGGUUGGGUUGCUGGUGGGGUGUUGGUUUAUUAGGGGGGCGGAGGCGUUGAGGUUUGUGGUGUUGUUUAUUGGUGUUAUGAGCAGUUUGUAUAGUGUUUGGGAUAUUUGCGAUGAUUUGAUCCUGAGAAAGGUUAAUAGUUCGGACGCGAGUGUGUUUGCAAAGAGGUAUGGGGGGUCGAGUCAGUGUUGGGGGGUUAUCUGGUCGGUGAUUUCGCUGUGUUUUAUGGCGGCGGGCAUUGUGGCGGGCAUUGCGGCUUUUCCGCAGAGUGCGGAGCAGCAGAGGGAGGAUGCGCAGAAGUUUAUUCCGACGAGGUUUUGA